AUGUAUUAGUCGCUAAAUAUCAGGCAGUUGUUUGUAGUCAUAUCAAGAUUUAAUCCUUUUGCAUAAGGUGAAGGAGGAGAAAAUUCAGUAAAUUCAGUAAGCUAUUAAGGGGAUUAAAAGUUUUAAUAAGAUAUUGAGUAGAAAAUACCUGAUUAAGUUAUUGUAGUGAGUUGGUAGAAUUCGUUAUCAUAUAUCAUACCAACAAAUAAGUUACCUUGGCUAAAAUUAGAUUGA